GUGUGCUUGGUUUAUCCAGUGACUCACGAUGCUAUCUUUCCAAAACGCAUAUACCCAACGAUCACACUCAACCCCUCUUCGUAAUGACCUUGAAGACCGUACCCGAGAACCUGCGUCAAACGAGAGGGACUCACCUACCAUGACCUCGAAUGGCGAAUGCACAACUCAAUGGCAGCAGCAUUCUGAAAUGUUGCCCAUUCUCGGUACUUGCAUAUCGGACGUGCUGAGCAUCACUCGUGGCUACCGUGAUAGGGGAAACAAAACAACAAGAUCACAUUCUUUACCAGCAAAUUCGACAUACCGUCCAAGCGAACUUUGCAUACCACAAUUGAAUAGUCAAGUUGACCUUCGAAAGUCUCAAUGGAUCCAUGUUUUGCCGUACGAUAUCUUGAACCUGAUUUUCUGUCAGUUAUCGAUGCACGAUUUCGUUGUUUGUUUGGCCGUUUGCAGGUCAUGGCUUUCCUUUAUCAAGGAUUAUCCCUUGUUCGGACAGAACGCAUUAAAGGAAAUACCAUAUUUUUCUACUAUUCCUACGACCACUGCUGCUUUUGCAUCUGUGCCGAGUGGAUCGUUUUUUGAUUUCAUGCUCACACAACAGUCGUCUAUGCAAGAAAUUCAUAUGGUCGGACAAACAAAGCAAGCUGGUGCAACCUUCCUCCGAUUAAUCAUGUAUUCUGCCAGGAAUUUCAAAAUUCGAUCACUGCACCUGGAAGAAUGGGAAUACGAUGCCACCGGUAGCGAGAGCAUACUCUACAGUCUAUUAAGAUCAUUACGUGAGUAUGCAAUCCUAUUGGAACAAGUAUCGCUGAUUAACGCUGUGGAUAUACCAUCCAUUCAAUAUCUCGGCAACGUUCUUUUCGCGAGCAAGAACGCCAAACGAAUCACACUUAUCUGUAAUCGGUGGCAUCGACAGCAGAUAGCAACAGCAAAAGGGUGCAGAAAGGCGAUGAAUGACCACGAUGAAGAGAAAGGCAUCGAGAUAACGCAUUGCGUAUCUCACGAAGCACUGUAUCAUAUUUCGACAAAAUCACUACCCAUACUAUCCUUGACAUAUCUCAAGUUAUCGCUUCCAGACAUGUAUAAACACCAUUAUCCCUUCGGAGGAAAGGCCUUUCCAAACAUCUUUCCGUCCUGUCCCAACCUACAACAUUUGUAUAUGGAUUCGCUCGAUAAUAUAUAUCAUGCACAGGCUAUUUACGAAGCAUUCCAUUAUUGCCGCCAACUUCAGCAUGCUAUUGUCAGCCCAUUCGCUGAAAUGCCGUCUGGAAUUGAAAAAGAUCAAGACAAAGACGACGUUUUCGCCAUAAAGUCAGAUAACGAGGAGCAACUGCCAUUGCGACGUCUGGUGUUCACCCAAGGAAACUGUAGCGGAUCUAAUCCUUUGCGACGAUACGAUUUAUGUCAUUCUGGCUGCCUCCAUUCAGACAGCAGACACCUGGUUCCAGUAUUAAAACAGUAUCGCCAUACGCUGGAUCUUCUUUAUUUACAGUAUGACGGCGAUGGAAAAUCGACCAGUUCGUGCGUCCAACAUCUUGGCAAGUGCGGUGGCGCUCCACAGCUACGCGAGCUCCAUAUUGUUGCUGAAGGAAAUAUACUAGUGGGUAAUAAUGGUGACGGUUAUGACGAUGAAAAGAUAUACUCCCAAGCAUCAUUUCUUUUCAGCAAUCAGUUGGCUUUACUGGUUUCGCAUUGUCCCUCGCUACGUGUUCUCGUAAUCACCAGUGCAAACAACGCUUCGGUGUCUAUGGCAAUUAACGGGCAUUUGCUACAAGCUCUCGCGAACAACUGCCCACUGCUUCGCCGUUUGGUUAUCCGCGGAAAACAUGUUGAAAUUUCCGCAGAAGCCCUUUUGGACUUUGCAAAGGCAACAUCAGCUUUUUCGUCCUUGGAAUAUCUUGAUGUGAGCUGCUAUGUACACGAUGAUAAUAUAAUUUCUUUGUCCAACAUGUUUCCCCUUUUGAAAACACUAAGGCUGCUUAAACCACAUAUGCUUAAAGGUAGCCUAGGAAAUUUUGAAUCUACUGUUUAAUACACUGAACUUUUGUAUACUAGAGCAUAUUGUACAUGUAAUAAUACUGUAAAGCAUAAUACCUUUUUAACCUCGACUGCAUUUGCCAAGAACGAUAUGCAAAACA